CAGGUGUGGCAAUGGAGAGCAAGAGUUUCAUAAGAGAUGGAUUGAAAUUAAAAAGCACCUCAAUAUUGUUCCUUUUGCUGAGCAUAACCCAGAUGACAUUAUUGACUGCUGGUCAUUAUAAGCCCACAUGGGAGUCGCUGGACUCCCGUCCUUUACCACAAUGGUAUGAUGACGCAAAGCUCGGCAUUUUUGUGCAUUGGGGUGUCUUCUCAGUUCCAAGCUUUUCCUUGAGUUCCGAAGAGUUUUCUUCAGAGUGGUUUUGGUAUGACUGGAAAGGUUGGAGGUAUCCUGGAGUUGUCAAUUUUAUGAGGAAGAACUAUCGCCCAGAUUUCACAUAUGCAGACUUCGCAAAAGCGUUUACGGCAGAAUUCUUUAAUGCUAAUGAAUGGGCGAAACUUUUCCAGAGGUCUGGUGCAAGGUACCUUGUGUUUGUAGCAAAGCAUCAUGAAGGAUUCAAUAACUGGGACUCCAAGUAUUCAUUCAACUGGAAUUCUGUGGAUGUUGGCCCCAAAAGAGAUAUUGUUGGAGAGUUGAUGAAUGCGACACGAAGUCAGACUGAUUUAAAGUUUGGAAUCUACCACUCUCUAUACGAAUGGUUCAACCCAUUGUACAUGAGAGAUAAAAGCCACCUUUUUCUCACCCAAGACUUUGUCGAACAAAAAACUCUUCCUGAGCUCUAUGAACUUGUGAAUAAGUACAAGCCGGAGAUUGUGUGGUCUGACGGAGACAGCGAGGCUCCGGAUGUCUAUUGGAAGUCCCGCGAGUUCUUGGCCUGGCUGUACAACAGCAGCCCUGUCAAGGAUACUGUUGUUGUCAAUGAUCGCUGGGGGUCCAACAUCGGCUGUCAUCAUGGAGGAUUUUACACCUGUGGAGACCGUUUUGAUCCAGGGGUCCUCCUUGCUCAUAAAUGGGAGAAUGCAAUGACUAUAGAUGGACAUUCAUGGGGCUUCCGGCGAAAUGCUGACCUCUCUGAUUAUCUGAGCAUCGAAGAGCUGCUUCAAACCUUUGUGAAAACCAUCAGUUGCGGUGGCAAUAUGCUUAUGAAUGUGGGUCCCCCUCACCACGGUCAUAUCACUCCGAUAUACGAGGAGCGGCUGAGACAGAUGGGGUCAUGGCUCAAGGUCAAUGGAGAGGCCGUGUAUGCUUCACGUACUUGGAACUACCAGAAUGACACAGAGACGCCCAGCGUUUGGUACACAAAGAAAACCUAUGCCCAGAACACAGAUAUCUAUGCCUUUGUCUUCCAUUUGCCAGAAUGGGGUACGCUUGCUCUGGGAGCUCCUACCGUGUCAAAAAAGACUCAAGUCACUCUACUAGGACAUAAUAUGCCCCUCAGUUUUCGGCCUGCACCAUCCCAAGGCUUGGAUAUAUUUAUUCCUCCUCUCAGCAUUUCUCAGAUACCUUGUAAAUGGUUAUGGGUGUUCAAGAUCACUGCUGUGACAAAUUGAUUUUGUGAUUCUCCCAAGCUUUAGAUUGAUCUAUAUAGCCUAUAUUGCGUUGAGGGGGUGCGACAAAUUUGCAACACAGUGCUUUAAAGCAGGUUUGGUACAGGAGAGGAAAUUUUGCAAUGAUUAAGAGCAUUGUUCCAUUUUUUAAGUCACAGUCAUCUCAACUUGUGUGUAUCCUGGUAGAUGAAGCACCUCUAAUUGCAUUCCACGAAAUUUAUAAUUUAUCCAUAAAAAUAGCCUGUCUUUCUGCCUGUUAUAAACUUGUUGCAGGAGUUUCCUUUAUGACUACACAUUCUUGUGUGUACUUUUCCACAUGUAAACACAAUAUAUUAAUGUGUCAUAUUAGUGAGUGUGUUGAAGGACAUCUAUUGUGAGACACAGUAUUCACACUCUUUGCUCUACCUGUGGGUAGUCUAAUGAUUAGGCUACCGGUCUCAUAAUCGUGAAGUUGCGAGUUCAGGGAUUGGAGGCUUAGGCCCGACUUUGUGUCGUUGGGAAAGUACUUUACUCAAAUUUACCUCACUUCACCCAGGUGGGAAUGGCUACCCGGCCAAAGACAGCAAAAGAUGUUGUCUGUUUGCUAGUGUUUUAGAGCCUGUAAAAUGGUAGCUUGCACUGUAUGCUUCCCUGGAAAUUGAGAUUGUUUCAGAAUGUUAUCAGUUGUAUCAGAUCUUCUGGAAUAAUAAUAAUUAAGGUUGUAAAGCACAUUAAUAGAGUUUGCUAUUUUGAGCUUGAAUUUGCACUUUACAAAUGCUGUUUAUUAUUAUCGUUGUUAUUGCUCUCAAAGAACAUAUCGUAAAUAAUUUGAAUCCCAGGUGGAAAAGAGAUCUGUCUUUCCAAUUUUCUAAUGAUAAGUGAUAUCCCUUAAUGGCAAACUCAGUUUGGUCCCAAUCAGCAGGGUUAAAGCAUCUUGCUUCGUAAAUUACCCAAAUUGCAUUGAAGAGGGGAGAAAUGUAAAAAUCUACAAUCAAACGAGUAUCGAUGCUUUAGUUUUCCUAAUUUUGUUUGAAAGUGCUUUGCGCACUAUGUGUAUAUAGUCCAUUGCAUGUAUCAUUAUUAUGACUGUUGUCCUCACAAAAGAUAAGAUCCCAGUGCCUUGUAAUGCUCACAAUAUAUUUUUUAGAAAAAUAGUUCUCAGGGAAACCAGGAUGAUAGGCUUUGGAAUCUUAGAGAUAUGCCAUUGUACUUACAUGAAGAAAUGCCGUGAUCAUUAUCAUCAUAAUACCAUCUAAAUCAUUAUUAAUAUGAUUACAAUUGUCUAUUAUUAAUAUAAUUACUAUACUUAUCAGCCUGUUGCACCCUUUUUCUGCCCCGCUUGCAUAGCCCAUUUCUAAGUAAUUCUGUUCAUUUAAAAAAAAUUUCCUGAGUGUCUGUUCUUUUCAGAAUUCAGAAGUCUGAUUUUUUUCAAUUGUUUUCUCAUAUUCUACUUGCCAGCAUUUUUCAUCUCUGAAGUUAUAAAGUUAAAGCAUGGCAACUGAAACUGGUCAUGACUAUGUCCUGUUAUUUGAAUUAGACAUAUUUCUCCUAAUGUGUCUCUUACUGAAGCAGAAUCACUUUCAUCAUGUUGCAACCCUUUUUCUUCCUCUCCAUCAUAACCCAUCUGUGCUAGUAAUUAUUUUCUUUUUCUUUUUCCUGCUAAAGAUAACCAAACUAUCUAAUGUUCCCUUCAGACCCAAAGAAUUAAUAGUACCAGUUUAGGCAUGGAUGUUAGUGUUAACUGUUAUUGAAUGCUGGGCAAACCUAAGGGACCGUUGGGGGCUCUCGUGGCCUAGAGGUUAAGGUGUUCGCCUCUCAUUCAAAGGUCCCAGGUUCGAAUCCGGGUUUU